AUGAAGGACAAGACGGUAGCAAGCAACGACGGCACCCGUGGUUUUAGCCCAAACGCGGAUAGAGAAGAGUCUGGGCGGAGGCGUUCCUCGUUCCACUGGUCACACUUCCCCCUGACCGAGAUGAACACCCGAGACGAGCGCAUCGUGUGCGCCUUCUUGGUCAUGACCUGCGCCGUGGUGCUCACCCUGUUUUCGGUAGGUAUGGCGUUCAUCUUUUACGCCGAGCCAGCAUUGUCACCGCUGGCGUGCCUGACGCCCGAGUGCAUCGCGGCACGCGAUUACUUGAGCGCCAUCGUCAACGCCAGCAGGGACGUGUGCAGCGAUUUCUACGGCUACGUUUGCGACUCGUGGCUGGAGCGACGAAAGGACGGCGGCAGCUUUCGCCGGGACACCAUCGCCGCGUGGGUGGCCAAGAUGAACGAGUCUCUUAUAAGCAACGUUGGCUGGGAAGGACGAAAUGCCGAAGAAAAAGGCGGAAUCCGUGUCAUGCGCCACGUCUACGGGCAUUGCCUCCGUUUCUUCACGAACAUGUCGACGGGGCUGUCGUUUGAAGCAGCGCUUAAUUCGGCUCGCGAGCAGCUCAACUGGACGCAAGUUCGUGGUGCCAGGACCUACAAAGAGAUCGUGGAGAAUGUUCUGCGAUCUGCGAUCCUGUCCGGAUGUCAAACAAUAAUGACCGUGCGUACGUUCAUCGAUAACGAUCACCUGGCCAUGAGGCUCUCCCCUGGUCGUUCUCUCCUGCGCAAGCUGACCACAACUGGCGACAAGGAGGACUUGAGGAAGGCCUUGGAACGCGUUCUCAAGGACGACCUGUCUACUAUAGUGAACGCCGACGUCACCUUUGAUGUCGACCUGGGCGGUAACCACUUCGCGGAAGACCAAUACGAACAGGACGUAGCCGCAGCUCUGAAAGACUUCCUGGAUGACACCUUUCCGAACGUUACAGCGGAGGACUGGGUCCACGGGCUGAACAACGUUCUGAAACCUGGCUACAGGCCUCUUAGUUCCGGUGACACCGCCUUCGCGACCGGUGCGCAGUUCUUAAAGAAAUCAUUGCGCAACUUGGCCGACGCGAAUGGUGUCGCGAUGACCGCGCUGUACGUGGCGUCCCACCUUGACACUGAGAUAUUGUCGUUGGAGUUGUCCAGAGAAAGGCUGCUCUCGGACCCCGAAGAAACGACGCGGUUCUGCGUUUCACUAACCGAGAGAUGCCUCACGGACUCAGGGCCACUCAUGGUGGCGAAUCUCAUGGACGUCAAAGAGAGUGUGACGGUUCUGCAGACCAUGUACCAGGAGCUAGCGCAAGCGUUACACGAUGCUCGUAAUGUGCUCGUUUGGCUUUCCGCUUCGAUGCGGAGAACAUCGGAGAGAAAAGUCGAUGCGGUGUCACCUGUGGUGGUGUCCGAAGACGUAAUGGACGACAUUGUCGCAACCGCCGACGACGCCGCUAAGGAGGACUACGCUCCUCUUCUAGCCUACAUCGAAGAGCAGCAGGACGCUCACUUUACCGACCUGUACCUGAAGGUCAUGGCGUACGGCCACCAGCGGCGAGCCCGCUCACCACCCGCAAUGGCGCAGAUGUUCGUCUUGGGCUAUGAGCGACGCCACGAGCUGGCCUACUCGGCAGCGCUGCAGGCCGUGGUGGUGCCCACGUUGUACCAGAGGUCGCCGUUCCUCUACGCUAACGGCGUGCCGCCCCAAUACAAUUACGCGACCGUCGGGGCGCUGCUGUCUGCGCGCAUUGCUGAAAUCGUCUCACCGGCUUCAAUGACUACGACGCACGCGAGACCCGCAUCGCAUCAUAACGAUCCUGGUCAUGGUAGAAUGGCGGAGAUGUACAACACGAGUGUCCUCUGCCUGCAGCGACUCCACAGUCGACUCGGUCUACAGCGCCAAGAAGUUGGGAGUGGCGAUCUCCAGCGAAACGCCAUGUACCAGCAGGCCCUGAGCCUGCGGCUGGCCUACGAGGGCCUCCUUGGGAGUUUAGGCGCUUACGCAUCAACUCAGGAGUUCCAAACGUAUUGGCCCGAGGCCCAGAAGACCUUCUUCGUCCGCUUCUGUCUCAUGUCUUGCGACGCCGUCCAGACGCCCGACCCGCUGUCGCCUCGCGCCGGCUGCCUCCUGCCCUUGCACAACAUGCCCGAGUUCGCUGCAGCCUUUGGCUGCGCAUCACGAGAGGACUACGUUGGUGACAAGUGCCGACUCUGA